AUGGCUGACAAAAGCAACGCAAGUCUUUUGGGUGGACAUGCUCAAUACGUGAAAGGAGCUGCUGAAACAGCAAUCGGCAAUGUUACAGGUAGUCAAGCUUGGAAAGAUUCGGGUGCACACGAUAAACAAGAAGCAGCUGAAAAAAUGAGAGCAGCAAAUGAAAGAACAUGCGAAUGUCCAGUCAUCAGUGGCAAUGCAGAGAAGAAAAUAGGCCAUAUGGUCGGCUGCGAAGGAAUGGUUCGCAAUGCUCAAGAGAAAGAGAGAAAACAGUGACUGUAUGUGUUAUUAUCAUAAGCAAUAUAUUAACAAGAAAAAAAUGUUUCUUGUACGUUUACCUUUUUUUUUUAUUGUAAAAAAACUACAUGAACUAUGAACUAACAUUAAAAUAAACUAGCAUUUUUUUCUUGGUACCAUAUAUUUAUCUCAUUUCUUAUGAGGGUGUGGGUGUGGGUGUGGGUGCACGAACAUAAUCAAAGAGUUCGACGAGAGAGAUCACUCCAAUAUUGAUUGUGCUCAUAAUUAUUGCAAAUGAUAUUGUGAUUGAAUCAAGGUAGAUAGAAACUCGAUUGACUUUAUUGUUCAAUUUAUAUUGUGUGAAAGAUGUAAUAGUGUUAUUCAUUGUUUCUAUUAGUUGAUAAUUUUUCUACUAAGACUGGGUAUGUGUGUGCUUCGAUGGAUGUCAUUAAUGGAAAGACCAAUCUGUCAACUAUCACUUAAUAACAGUCAUAUCCACGCCCUUCAGUAGUACUAAUAGAAGCAACAAUACAAGAAUAGAAACAACAUUCUAUUCUUCUGCCAAUACAAAUUCAAAAUAAAAACUAUGAAUAGAUUUAUUUUAACAUGACUAAACUUCUUCAGUCUUUUUUUUUUCGUUUUAUUUAUAGUAAUGAAAUUUUGUUAAUGAAAGAGGCUUAAAUAAGAUCUCAAAUCUACAUAAUAUGAUAUUCAAUUUAUUCCCGAAGAAUAAAUAAAUAAGAGUAUGUUUAAUACAUCUUGAUUAUACCAAAUUUUCAGACCAAUCUGUUAGAAUUGCAAACUUUUUUGUAAGAACCAAGAAACAUAGGCGGCGCAGGAUUUUUUGGAUACGCUGAAUCUCAGUUUCAGAGCAUGGAAUCCAGAUGAAACUCAUGGAGGGUGAUAUUGAGCCUAAAUGAUGAGUUUUAUUCAAAAAAAUUUUGCGAUCGAAGUUUGCGAAAAAAUUUUUAAAAAUCUUAUUGCUACCCCUAAAAAGAUUUUUGCUUUUUGUAGUAUUCCAUUUUUUAAAAUUCAGUCGCAAUCUACAUCGAUUUUCAUCGACAAAUUUCAAAUUUCACCUAAAAAUAUGCAUCCGUUUAGGAGUUAUAACAUUUUGAAUUUUUGUGAAAAUUGUUGAGCCAUCUCUCAAAGAUUCAAAAUGUUAUAACUCCUGAACGGAUGCAUAUUUUUAGGUGAAAUUUGAAAUCUGUCGAUGAAAUUCGAUGUAGAUUACGACUGAAUUUUAAAAAAUGGAAUACUACAAAAAAACAAAAAACUUUUUAGGGGUAGCAGUAAGAUUUUUAAAAAUUUUUUCGCAAACUUCGAUCGCAAAAAUUUUUUGAAUAAAACUGAUCAUUUAGGCUCAAUAUCAUCCUCCAUAAAUUUCAUCUGGAUCCCAUGCUCUGAAACUGAGAUUCAGCGUAUCCAAAAACUCUGCGCCGCCUAUGCCAAGAAAUGCAAUUUACUACAAUAAAAUAGACGGAUUAUGAAUAGAUAAUUGAAGAUCCAAAAAAAAGAAUGUUCUUGUUUUUUUCUUCUGUUAGCGAAUUUUAAUCUAAACUCAUAUGUAAAAAGGAAGUCCUCUAUCAUAUUAUUGCAAAAGUACACUAACGUAAAGCUGUGGCUGUGACUGUAUCUCUUCUCUUCACUUGCAUCUCACUUUAAAAAAUCUUUGAUAUUGUUAAUGAUUUUUUGCAGAGAGACACCAUAAUUCUUGUUUCUUUUCCGAUGUAGUCGGAAAUAAGAAAGACUUGAAGUGCAUUCAUGCGUACAGACACACAUACACGCCAUACCCACACUUUCAUAUAAUUGUUUCGUUGAAAUUACUACAAUAGUGAGUCCUUUAAUCCAAGAAAGUUUCAACUUGUCAAGAGAUACUUUUAUAUAAAUUUUUAUGUUGACAACAAUUAGAGCUUCGCAAGCAUCAACUCGAAGUACGUCGAUCUUAACAUAACGGAUUUAGGAGCGAAAGCAUUGUUUUCUCCAGCUAGGAUCCAAAAAAAGCUAUUUUGAUAAUUGUCUGAUUCUUCAUGAUUUCGACGUAUUAUCAUCCAUUUUCUUAUUAAUAAAUAAAGCUCUGCAUGUCCAGAUUGUGUUACAGAUAGGGUACCUCAAUCUACUGUAAUUCUAAAACAUCAGAAAGUAUCCGUUGUCUCGGACAGUUUCAACAUGGCUCUCUUCUUUGUCGAUGGUUAGAUUCGUGAAAUUUUUAGGAAAAAGUUAAGAGCUUCACCAACUUUUACAUCAUGAUUAUUGCAAGAGUACUUCAUAAAUCAAGCAAGAACAUGAAAAUUUUUAUUCAUGGCAAGUAGAACUGACCUUUCGAGUAACAAAUUAAACGUCAUGAGAUUUAUUGUCUACACUAAAAUAUUCUAGUCUGAAGAAAGAUUCUAUGUUGACCUUCUGAUUUCCCUACAUGAAGGCUGAUCAAAUCAUACUUGGUCCUUGUAUGAUCAUAGUUCAGCUUAUUCUAUUUUUAAUCAAAAUAUGAGAGCAGAGGAUUCAAGAAUUGUCACUAAUAUCAGAACAUUUAUGACUAUUGUACAACUAAUUCUGAAGAGUUUCUAUGAGACAAUAUAAAAGACCUAUAAUAACAGGAAAUGAAAUAAUUUCUAUUUUCUUUUUUUAAAUCACGUUAAAAUCUAAUUAUUGUUCUGCUCAGCAAUAUAAAAUUUAAAAGAACUUCCAUUAAUAAGGAGAGUUAGAGAAGUAGUUAUAACCAUUCGAAUAUAAAUAAGAAGCAACCAUAAUUCGAUCUUGUUUAUCAUUAAAUUUUAUCUGAUUGUUCGGAAAGUUCAUAGAAC